AUGCGAUGCGCGAGCAAGGCCGCCGAGAGCGCGUCUGCACGUCUCUGUGCGGACGCCGAAGCAGAAACCACAGCAACUGAUGUCCCAUCGGUUGCUGAAGAGACCCAGCCUGUGUCACUUGGUGACGCAGGCGCUGGUCAUGAAGACACUCGUGUCUUCACAGAGUACGAGCUCGGUGUCUCGUACUCUCCUGGUACGGAUGACGGAUCCGUAUCGACGGCAAUUGAAUCCAAGCCGCCUGCCAAGCGUGGCAUGGACGAUGCUUUGCGUCGCAGCAUCUUUGGUUCAUCUGAUGAGUCAGAUGAACCAUCGCCGAAGCGAAGGCGCUCGAGGUCGCGAGACUCGGGCGCUAACAGUGGUGUCGGUUCUCCAAUGGACACCACUUCACAGCGAGGUGCCAGUACUUCUGUCGGCACGUCGCAGGAAGAGCGGGACCGCAAUAUGUUGCGUCUCGCUCCAGAAAAGAAGGCAUGGAUGCCUCCAAAAUCUGUCAUGGAUCACUUGUCGGCGACGACGAGUGAUCGUUAUCGAACACGAUUGUUCGAUUCGUCAAGGAUCCAUCACCUUGACCCCAGCGCGAAAGACUAUCGCGCUGAACAUGAGUUCUUCAUCGAUGCUUUCUUCAGACAUCGAUGGUACAGUGGGAAUCACAAACGUGAUGGUCCCUCACUACUUCAGGCGUGGAACGCCUACAUCCAUAACCUCGAGGAUGUAGGUCGUGACGCUUGGAACGACAAACUUAUCAAAGCUCGUGAUAAGUUUGAAAAGCGAACCCCGACAGGUGCACGCUACAAGCUGCAUCGUCUGUCAAGGGAGAAAGGAUUACCCUGCCUCUCUUGGGGAGACUCGUGCCCAUGUUGUGUGAACAACUCUGCACGAGCACCUAAGGAGGCUUACCUCCUUACCAGCCCGUGGUGGCGCGUACGUGUCUCUACUGAGAUGAUGUGCCGCGUCGUACUGCUCGACCAGACCCAGUACGUCAACCAUCAAUUGGGAGCGGGGGCUCCCAAGAAUCCCAGGACGGGGGAUAGCCGCGCCACCGGACGAGGUAACUCGUCCGACGUCCGUUCACGUCGCGGUGGUUCAACAGCUGCUCAACUAGAUAGCGCUGGCCACCGCGAGAGUCCUCUAAUGGAGGUGGAGGAGGAGGAAAGACGCUCUCCACACGAUCAUGUGGAUCGGUGUGUUCCCGAGAGCUUCUUUGAUCGCGUAACGCAAGGGUUACGCGACGAUCUCGAGCAUGAGCGGAAUAGGCGUCUCCAGAUGGUGGACACUGCCUCGAAGCAUCGAGCUGAGUUUGCCUUUGCUCAGCUUGAGAACGAGAGAUCUCUGACAUCUCUUCGUGACGAGCUAAGGGUAGCUCGUGGGAUUGUUGAUCGGUCUCGGGCUGAGAUAACUGCUCUUCAGACCCUUGUUGAUGCCCACCAUCGGGAGCACAAGGCUCUCUGCGAGAUGCUUGAGCGCAAGGGCGUUCUUCAUCGGAAGAAGCAGCGUACUGAUGGUACGGCUUAA